AUGUGCUUUGUGGUUUUGGAGAAGGCGUUGACUGUGUUCCCCGGGUGUCCUUUGGGGGCGUUCUCCGGGAGUACCGGGGUCGGGACGGUCUCUGUGAGGGCAUCGUCCUGUAUGACCGGAGGCCCAGAGCUGGUUCGCAUUGGGCAGGUCGGAGGGGGGUCCGGUUCGGAGACACAGGAUUUCAUCUCUGUGUUUGCGGACAAUGUUGUCCUGUUGGCUCCAACGAACCAGGACCUGCAGCUGCACUGGGGCGGUUGGCACCGAGUGUGUGAAGCUGCUGGGAUGAGAAUCAGCACUCAAAUCGAGGCCAUGGUGCCGACCGGAAAAAGUGAGGGAAGGAUGGAGCGUGAGAUUGACAGGCGGGAUCCGGUGUCAGCGUGCGCAGUGGGAUGCGGUCGCUGUAUCGGACCGUUGUGUCCCAACGGGAGGAGGCCCCGCGGAAGACCUAGGACACGCUGGAAGGGACUAUGUCUCUCGGCUGGCCUGGGAACGCCUUGGGGUCCCCCGGACGAGCUGGAGGAAGUGUGUGUGGAUGGGAUGUUGGGGCGUCUCUGCUUAGGACUGCCUCCCCCGCGACUCGGCAACGGAUAA